AUGAUCCAACAAUUUUCUCGCUUUGUCAAAUCGGGCGCUGGCCUUGAAAAGACCCUUCGUCUGAUCCAAUGCGUGUCCCAGGUCGUCGCUGCACUCACUGUGAGCAGUACCCUGGCUGUGCAAUUAACCACGGUCAAGUUGCAAUUUGCAUUGACGCGGAGAUAUUUCCGCUUCUUUGGGUUUAUUGAUUCCUUCCAGCGCAUGUCUGCGUUGUUGGGCAAGGAUGGAUUCAGUUCUGUUGCUGGGAUGCUUGAACUAGCUAAAUGCACUUGCUUUGGCCUUUACUUUGUCCUGGAAGACUUGACCACGCUUCAUGCAAUGGGCGUCUAUGCAGUGCCCUGGAAUGAUCGUGUUAUGGACCAGGCCAAUACUUUCUGGUUCUAUGCGCUCUCUUUCUCCAUUGCCGGGGCUAUUUGGGCGCUGCUUGUCGGUCCCGCAGAGCAGCUUUCUAAGAAGAAUGGCAAGAGAAAGAACCAGAAGACCCCCCCUGAGAAGGCUACCUCGGUCAAACCCGCUGCUGCUUCCGCCCGGGUUAAGCAGAUCGUAGUGGAUGGCUGUGAUUUGCUCAUCCCGCUGGAGCUUCUGGGCUGGAUGCCCACCGGGGAUGUAGUGGUUGGAUCGACCAUGGUGUUGAGUACACUGCUGACUGCUCAAGAGAUCUGGACCCGAGUGUGA